ACCGCCCCCCUUGCGCUGGCCGCCCUGGCCGGACCUGCCCCUAAUCUAGGCUUGGCCCUCCCUGGAUGGAGCCUGGGCAUCCGCGCUGGCCCCGAUCAGGUCUGGGGAUGGAUGGGGGAAGCUCGGGACACGGAUGCGGCCGGAGCGCGAGGCUCGGCCGCUUGCUGCGCCCCAGUGCGCGUUGGCGUGGGGGGCCCCGCGUCUCGGGCUGAGCCGGGUGGGCGGCUCCAGGGGCGGCGCCCGAGGCUGGAGGCGGGGUGUUGGCUGGAGGAACGGCGGCGGGAGACGGCUCGCUGAGCCGGGCAGCAGUUCCCGCCGGCCCGCCGCGUCCUGCGUGUCCGCCCUGCGCCAGGCCGGCCGCGCUCGGGGCCCGCCAUGCCGUCCGCAGGGCCCCGCAGGGCGGCGCCGUUCGCCACCAUCGUCCUCCUGGUGCUGGGCGCCCCACUGGCGAUGGCCGUCCAGAACUGUCUGUGGUACCUGGACCGGAAUGGGUCCUGGCACCCCGGCUUCGACUGCGAGUUCUUAAGCUUCUGUUGCGGCACCUGCUACCAGCGCUUCUGUUGCCGGGACCUGACCCUGCUCAUCACCGAGCGGCAGCAGAAGCACUGCCUGGCCUUCAGCCCCAAGACAAUAGCAGGCAUCACCUCUGCCGUCAUCCUCUUCGUGGCGGUGGUGGCCACGACCAUCUGUUGCUUCCUCUGCUCCUGUUGCUACCUGUACCGCCGGCGCCAGCAGCUGCAGAGCCCAUUCGAAGGCCAGGAGAUUCCGAUGACUGGCAUUCCAGUGCAGCCAAUUUACCCCUACCCCCAGGACCCCAAAGCUGGCCCUGCACCCCCACAGCCUGGCUUCAUGUACCCUCCUAGCGGUCCUGCUCCACAGUAUCCACUCUACCCGGCAGGGCCACCUAUCUACAACCCUGCAGCACCUCCCCCCUACAUGCCACCACAGCCCUCCUACCCUGGAGCCUGAGGACGAAUUGAGUCUGCAGCCCCCUGUGACAUCCAUGCUAAACCUGCCUCAGGUCCUGACUUCCCAGCCCUGGAGCACGCCCACAGCCAGACCAUGCUGCGGAUUGAGCAGCAGGGAACCAGAGCAGACCGGUGCUGGACCUUGGCCUGAGCUGUGGCUAGGGAGGGUGGCAGAUUUUGAACUGUGUCUGAUGAUCCUGAGGGAGGGCCAUGAAAUCCUGGGCCUCAGCCUCUGCUUCCCAAGCCCCUUUCUCCUACCAUCCCAGUCAGGAAGACAGCGUGCCCCUGUUGACCCUGAGACUGGAGGGGGUAGAGGGGAUUGAAUAGCAGCCAGCAUAGGCCCCCCUGCAAUUGUCCCUGGCUCUGGCCCGAGAUUAAAGUUGUAAGGAUUUCAUUCA